AUGGGUUUGAAAACAUUUAUGGAGGCGAUGGGCAAUAAAGCACCUGUGUCCGUACUGACAAAUGGGGAUAAGGCGAUGCGAGAGGCAAUCAAAAGAAUAUUUCCAGACGCAAGACAUCGAUUAUGUAAUUGGCAUCUUGGGAAAAAUGCUGUUUCAAAUGUUCACAUAAGUGGCUUUGCACAUGCUUUCAAGCAGUGCAUGGACAUGGAAAUGGAUGAGACAAAGUUUGAGCAUGGCUGGACGACAAUGGUCGAAAAAUUUGGACUUCAAACCAACAGUUGGGUGUUAGAGACAUAUGAGAAGCGUGGACAUUUCUUUGCUGGGAUGAAGAGCACUCAGCGCUCGGAGUGUAUGAAUGCUUAUUUCAAUCCCUUCCUCCAACACAAAUUGAAGCUAUAUGAAUUUGUUAGGCACUAUGAUCGGGCUCUUGCAAGGAUAAGGUAUAACGAGGCUGGAGAUGAUGCUGAAACAAAUAACACUUUUUCGGUAUUAAUUACUCCAUUGCGAGAUAUAGAGAGACAUGGAGCUGAGCUAUUCACCCGAAAUAUAUUUACAAUGUUCCGUGAUGAAAUCUUAGAAGAGGGGAAGUUGAAUGUCAAGGACGUGUUCCCUUUGCCGGAUGGUCAGAAAUGCUACUAUAUUCAUAAGUACAAAGUGAAGGACAGAUCAUGGAUAGUAACACACAGUCCAGUGGAUGCUGCAAUGAGAUGUUCUUGCAUGAAGUUUGAGUCGUUGGGGCUACCUUGCUGUCACAUGAUAUGUGUUAUGAAAGCCAAAAAUUUAACGCAAACUCCCCCAACUUGUGUGCUGCAUAGAUGGACAAGGGCUGCAAGCAAGGAUGGCCAGCAAUGGCCUCAACCCUCAAUUGAUAGCACUACAACACAAACGGCCCGGUAUGGGAUAUUGAGUUCUUCGUACAACGAAAUGUGUUUCUAUGCCUCGCAAUCAACGGAAGAAGAUCCUGAUGUUGUGAAGACAAAAGGGAACCCAGGACGGGCCUCGUCCAACUGUCGAAGACCAAGAAAAUGUGGGAAUUGCAAAUGCAUUGGGCACACAAAGCGAACGUGUCCUAAGGUUCGGUUUAGCCGAACAGUGGGUACUAACUCGGAUGCAGAUACACCCCACAUAACUGAGCGUGAGUACAAUGCAGAGUCAUUGCCCGUUCGCUGCAAAACUAGGUUAGUGGAUCCAAGUACACCGCACAUUAAGCAACGGCGACUAUUUUUCGAUGCUUCUCCUGAUUCCAAGCAGCCUGCGGGCCAAUACGGUAGUGUUGAAGCAGCAGUGUGCAAAAAUGAUUCGACCACAAUUGAUGAGGUGAAUCAGGUAGACAGUACUAGCUAUUGA